CUUUUGCCUACGCCCCUAAAAAUACAGCAACCAAAUCGGCGGAAAACUCAAAGCUACACUUGAAUUAACACUUCCUCGUCUUCUCCGCCAUUUUCUUCUUCCUUUUCUCCAUAUAAAUCUUCCCUCAAUUCACCAUUUUCACAAAAAAAUUCCCCAAAUUUUAGCUUCAAUGGCGUCACUUCAAUCCUCUGCAAUCUCCUUCUCAUCUUCCCUCGGUCGUUUCUCAACCACACGCACAAUGCUCCCUCAGAAACCCAGAAAUUACAAACUCCCAGUUGUUGAAUCGAAGAUUCGAGAGAUUUUCAUGCCGGCAUUAAGCUCAACGAUGACUGAAGGAAAGAUCGUAUCUUGGGUUAAAUCGGAAGGUGAUGUUUUGUCUAAAGGUGAAUCGGUUGUUGUUGUGGAGUCGGAUAAAGCUGAUAUGGAUGUUGAGACGUUUUACGAUGGGAUUUUAGCUGUUAUUGUCGUUAAUGAAGGUGAAACUGCACUUGUUGGUGCUCCUAUUGGGUUAUUAGCUGAAACAGAAGAUGAAAUUGCUGAAGCUAAAGCAAAAGCGAAAGGACAAUCUGGGGGUUCUUCUUCUGGAUCGGAGAGUACUCCUGAACCUCAAUCUCCGGUUGGGGUUUCUUCUGAUGAGCCGAAGAAGAUUGUUGCGACCCCAAAUGCGAAGAAAUUGGCGAAGCAGCAUAAAAUUGAUAUCAAUAAAGUGAAUGGGACUGGCCCAUUUGGACGGAUUACAUCGGAGGAUGUUGAGAAAGCUGCUGGAAUUACUCCAGCACCAUCCAAGAGUAUUAGCCCACCUCCUGCUGCUGCUACUGCUGCUGCUCCGGCAGUGGGCACGCCAGCGAAAGCUGCUCCGGUUAGUUUACCGGAGAUUCCUGGGUCAACAGUUGUUCCGUUCACAACAAUGCAAGUUGCAGUGUCCAAGAAUAUGAUGGAGAGUCUCUCUGUUCCAACAUUUCGUGUUGGAUAUCCAGUUAUUACUGAUGCCCUUGAUGAUUUAUACCUAAAGGUCAAGAAGAAGGGUGUUACAAUGACCGCAUUGUUGGCCAAAGCUGCGGCAAUGGCACUAGCUCAACAUCCAGUUGUGAAUUCUUCUUGUAAAGAUGGAAAGAGCUUUACGUACAACAGCAGUAUAAAUAUUGCUGUUGCGGUGGCCAUUAACGGUGGGUUGAUAACACCGGUGCUUCAGGAUGCUGACAAGUUGGAUCUGUAUCUGUUGUCUCAAAAGUGGAAGGAACUGGUAGAGAAGGCUAGGGCUAAGCAACUACAACCACAUGAGUACAAUUCAGGGACUUUCACCUUGUCCAACUUGGGCAUGUUUGGUGUGGACCGAUUUGAUGCUAUUCUUCCUCCUGGCCAGGGGGCUAUAAUGGCUGUUGGAGCAUCAAAACCAACUCCUGUAGCUAAUGCUGAUGGGUUCUUCAGCGUCAAAAAUAAGAUGCUGGUAAACGUCACAGCAGAUCACCGAGUUGUGUAUGGCGCGGACUUAGCAGCCUUCCUUCAAACCUUUUCCAAGAUAAUUGAGAAUCCAGAUAGCUUGACAAUGUAGAUGGAGAGCUAAGAU